UCACUAGCUGCUGGCUGCUCCUCUGCCAGUGGCCAGUCUACAAUAGCACAAUCGAGACGUCGAGUGUUAGUUAUACUUUUCUAUGGUCGAGUGUCCACCGCCUACCUAGAGACGACGCGUUGCGAGCCUUUCUUCAGACUCAGCGAAAUCAAUCAUCGUUACGCCUUUGCCUGUCCUUCGACGCCGUUUCGCUGGUCCACCCGAUCACUCGUCUAUAAAAACCGCACUGCGAAUUGAUUGUGUCUUCGCACUCGGUUGCUGCCCCGUCACGCACUUAUACACCGUUUCACGGACAAGUCGCCACCGCCGGAUACUGUAUCUGCAAGACUACCGCAAACGUCGCUAUUGUGACCCUCUCUCAGAUUCUUCGAAGGUCAAAACAAUAAUUGGAGAGAAACAUUGAGAUUACAAGUCACAUUGUUCCAAAAUGGCCACAGAAGUAACACCUCGUAAAAAAGUUGAGUUCUAUAUUAUCAACCAUAUACCCAGACCAGUAUGCAAUGUAGUAUUCAAAAAUCUGCAAUUUUACCGCCAUGUACAAGAAAUUGUUCAACAUCCGGUGGCUAUUUAUUGUUUUCCAUCAUAUCAGCCUCAUGUGGCACAACCAGAAGGACUCACUCAAUUUGAGAUACCGUUUGUAGUGUCAGAUGUAGUUGCUGGAAUAAUAGAAGAUAAUCCUUCAAGUAUUAAACUGCAGAUCCGAUUUGGAGAACAGCUGCAAGGGAAGAGAGAGUUGUCAGAAGGAUUACCAGGAAAGGUACAGAUUACUAUCAAUUCCCACGAAACAACUGCACAAAAUAGUCCUGUUGAUUAUAACUGCAGUGAAUAUUUAAACUUGGAAAAUACUGGCAUAGAAAAUAAAAAAAGCAAUGAAAUUAAAAUAUGUUGGCCCUCGUGCAAAAAACCAUUUUAUAUGGUGAUAAAUAUUGUAAAUUCAAAAACAGUUGAAGAUUUGGUGAAACAAGUACAAUUUGAAACUAAAAUGUAUAAUAAGACACUAAAAACAAAAGCUAAAAUCCUAGAAAUUUUGAAAAAUGCCCAAAAAGUUGGACGGAAAAGAUUUGGAGCAGAGUUUGCUGCUUCCUUCCCUUUAAAAUUGUUGUGUCCAAUAACUCAAUUAAGAAUAGAACUACCGGCUAAAUCUUUGAAAUGUGAACAUUUACCUUGUUUUGACUUGCAUACAUUAUUUUCAUUGUAUAAGAUAAAACCAACAUGGGAAUGCCCAAUCUGUAUGAUACCCAUUGAGGUUAAUGAAUUGGCAGUAGAUUUAUAUUGUUUAGAAAUAAUCAAAAGUCCAUCUCUUCCUGCAAAUUGUUCUGAAGUAAUAGUACAUGCUGAUGGCAACUGGAUCCCUAUUAUGGAAUUAAAGAAAGAAAUUCUUAAAGACGGUCAGAACGAAGCUGUUAUCAAGCAAACCGGAGAAUUUCAGUACAUUUCUGUUGAAGUGGACGUGAAUAAAUUUUAUGAUAAAAAUAUGGUAUCAAAAGCAAAUGAUGAGAAACCGAAUGAUUUCAAACCAAUGACAUGCAAUCAGAGUACCGACAAUUCAGACAUUGUAGAUAAACCGUCUACCAAAACAGAAUAGAAUAAAUAAUAAUGUUAACUAAUAUACCUACUUUUUAAAAUUAAGCACAAAUAAUAAUUCAAGUUUUCUAUAUUAUUCUAGAUAUAAUAAUAUAUUUAAGUUAGAUGUUUAAUUUAUCAAUAAUGCUAUUUUAUAGACAGUAUACUUGCCAAUUGAAAUAAUAAAGAUUAUUAUAUUGUUACAAAAUAAAAAAUAUAACACAA